AUGGAUGUCAACGCUCUGUUGCACAACAUGCGUGCACAGAUCUUGACAUUGACCACUCAACUCGCUGAGCUGCAGGCAAAUCCCCCUGUGGCAACCCCCUCGGUCGAGAAGAAAUUCAAUAAGAAAGUCGAAGUCGUCGCUGACCCUGGCACCUUCAAGGGAGACAGAGCGCAAUUUGCCAAAUGGUGGAUCAAACUCCAAAUAUGGGUUAAGGCAAAUUGGGACGCAUUUGCCGACAAUUUUGAGGUAGCCACUGUGGUGCUAUCUCAACUAAAGGGACCUGUGGCGGGUCGAUACGCCCAAGUUAGAUUGCAGGAGUGCUACACUGCGGGAGUGUGGCCCACCUGGGACGAUCUCAAAGUAGAGAUUGAAAAAUAUUUCAAGCUGCAAGCUGAGGGUGACUGGGCGCAUCAGCAAAUCCGCUCCUUCAAACAAGGAAACAUGAGGACGGAUGAUUAUAUUACCCGGUUCCUGGCCCUCUCCAUCCAAGGAGGGCUUGGAAAUGAACAUGCAGUAGAACUGCUGGAACGCAAUGUGAACCCUUGCAUUGCAGAACAGAUCUACUUGCAGGAUACAAGAAACAAGAACCUGGCCCUGGCGGCUGAGGAAGUACGACGAGUCGGUAGAGCCAUGGAGCUCUACCAAAUGCACCAAGGUGGCGGUGUCGAUGAUGAGAACUGCAGUUAG